UCUCCCUCCUUCUCUCUCUCUCAGUUUUUUCUCUCCUUUCAACUUGUCUCAAUCCCUAAUAAUCUUCUCUUUCGUUUCAAAGUUUCAAUCUUUUUAUACUUCUUCGUCGUGUGAACUCCUCUCUCUCUCUCUCUCUUCGCUGCUCUGUUCUUAGUUCUCCAGUAGAGUAACGCAAAGAUAUAAUCUUUUAGGGUUUAUCGUCCUGAUUUUUAGGGAAUUUGAUGCUGUAGAUUUAGAGAUUCCCUUUUCGAUAUAAACCCUCCGAGAUUCUCUCUCGCUGAUUAGAGUUCUCUGUUGAUAAUCUGAGUAGUUGCUGGUUUGUGGAAGCGCUAAAGGUCUCAACUUUGCAGAGAUUCUGAUUGGAAUCUAAGAUUUUAGAGAGGGAUUAGGGUUUAUUCAAUCGAAUUUUAGGUGGGUUUGAUUGUAAAAUGACUGCGUGGAGUAGGGAAGACGAUAUAGCCUUUGAGAGAGCUCUUGCUAGCUAUACAGAUGAGUCCGAGGACAAGUGGGAGAAGAUUGCUGCUGAUGUUCCUGGGAAAAGCGUUGAGCAGAUUAAAGAACACUACGAGGUUUUAGUUGAGGAUGUUAGUAGGAUUGAAUCAGGAUGUGUGCCACUUCCUGCAUAUAAUUCUCCUCGAGGAGGAUCAGGUGGUGGUGGUGAUGAUGGAGGAAGUACUAAGAAAGGAGGAAACAGUCAUGUGGGCGAGUCUAAAGCAAAGUCAGAUCAAGAACGGCGAAAGGGUAUUGCCUGGACCGAGGAUGAGCACAGGUUGUUUCUUCUUGGUUUGGACAAGUAUGGUAAAGGUGAUUGGCGCAGCAUUUCUCGCAACUUUGUGGUGACAAGAACACCGACACAAGUCGCUAGCCACGCUCAAAAGUACUUCAUUCGUCUGAACUCGAUGAACAAAGAGAGGAGACGAACGAGCAUUCACGACAUCACUAGUGUUGGUGACGCUGUUGUCUCAACUCCGCAAGGACCUAUCACUGGUCAGAACAACAACAACAAUGGUUCUGCUGGUGCUGUUGCUGGAGGAGGAAACAAAUCAGCCAAGCAAGGUGUCUCACAACAACCACCACCGGGACCUCCUGUGUAUGGAACGCCAAGCAUAGGUCCUCAACCAGUAGUUGGAACACCUGUGAGCCUCCCAGCUCCACCUCACAUGGCUUUUGCUGCUCCAGUCCCUGGCUCGGUGGUUCCUCAGAUGCCGUACACCACAAUGCCGCGGACACCAACUGCUCAUAGGUAACGUCUGAGAAAUACGUUUUAGGUGUAAGAAAGAUGUGUAAAGGACUUGAGUGAAUAUUCAAGCUUUGUUCCUUUGAGUGAAUUUUUUUUUUCUUUUACUUUAGUUUGUGGGGAUUUUUCUAAUAAGAUAUUAAGAUCAUGUGGUUUAGUUUCAGUCUCUAAAAAAACUUUUUUUUUUUGUACUUGGAACACAAUAAAGCAUAUGUUGUGCCUAGA